AUGUAUAUCGCAAACGUUGCAGAAGAUGGUUUUGAAAAUAACCCACACCUUGAAGCUGUGAAAAAGUUAGCUGCUGAGGAAAAUGCAAUCGUUGUUCCGCUUUGCAACCAAAUCGAAGCUGAAAUUUCAUUGUUGGAUGAUGAAGAUCGUGCUGAAUUCCUUGAAGCAUUAGGCAUGGAAGAACCAGGUCUAAAUGUGGUGAUUCGUGCAGCAGGUGUUCAAGAAGUACGUGCUUGGACUGUAAAAGUGGGUGCAACUGCACCUCAAGCUGCGGGUGUAAUCCACACUGACUUUGAGAAAGGCUUUAUUCGUGCAGAAUGUAUCGCUUAUGACGAUUUCAUCCAAUACAACGGUGAAAACGGCGCUAAAGAAGCAGGAAAAUGGCGUUUAGAAGAUUCAACGAUCUGUUGA